GCUUUGGUCACUGCGCAAACACUUUGAGCUUGCACAUAGUGAAAUUCAAUAAAAAGCCGAUUAUAUCUUACACAUUAGCUCAGAUAAGGUUUUGAUAUUGAAUCGUUGAAAAGAUGCAAAAGUUGAUAAUUGUUUACGCAUUGUUAGCAUGCAGUUUAGCUGCUCCAUUGGAAAAAUCAAAGGAAACAGAAGAACUAUCAAAACCUGUGGAUUUAAUUCGACCAAGCCCGAUCAAUCCAGAUAUUCCAAGUGAUCCAAAACCGGAGGAAAAAAUAACCCUCAUUACAGAUCCAAAAGUCUUGCCUUUACCUUCAACAAAACCUACAAAAUUACCAGGUCCCUAUGUUCUUCCAAGGGAAUUAUUAUUACGGACAAAACGUGAAAACAAAGAUUCUUCUGAAAGUGAUGAAAAAAGCAGUGAAGAGAAAAAGAAGCCUUCUCGUCCACUUGUUGCUCCUCCAGUUAGCUCAAUCGAAAAACAACCAACCACACCAUCUUCUAAACCCGUUCCAAGUAGUUCUACACACCCAAGUGAAGGAACUCAUAUCUCUUUAGCAGUUCCUUCAACAACAUCUGCAACCAUCCCAGCCCAUCCUAGAAUACCAUAUUCCCCUCAAAUCCAUCAACAUAACGAGCAUCUCUUUAAGCCAACAACAGCAUCAACCCAUUCAAGUGGUACAUCAUCAACUUCAUCAUCGACCACAGCGCGAGCGGUUCCUUCUCAAGACCACGUUAAUGACAAGCGUGAUAUUCCAGUGCCAUUGACACGUAAAUUCCAUCACAACGAUGAAGAAGACGAUGAAACCAAACCCAAAGAGGAACCAUCACCAUCAUCAACAUCAUCAACUAAGGUGCCAAAAGAGGAAGUCAAGCAGGAAGAGGAGAAAGAUGAAGGCCACAAGGCAGAGCCGGUAGCUGCAUCAACGACAACAAACCAGCAGCAGCACCCAGCCACAAUUGCACGUCCCAUACCGGUUGCGGAACUAUUUGCAAAGAAACCUUCAACCGAAUGAAGACCAAAAAAAUAAAACUGGACGAGUUUUUUUGGAAUUCAGGGCAUAACAAACAACAUUGACUAAUUAACUACUCCUGGGAGUCAAUUUAAAUAUUUUGUGAUAAUGUUUGCGUGAAAAAUAAUGAACAGACAAAUAAAUUAAGCUAAUAAAUAAA